AUGAAUUUUGGCUUCACGCAAGAGCAAGUGGCAUGUGUAUGUGAGGUCUUGCAGCAAGGGGGCAACAUUGAGCGCUUGGGCCGGUUCCUCUGGUCCCUGCCAGCUUGUGACCACCUGCACAAGAACGAGAGUGUCCUGAAGGCCAAAGCGGUGGUUGCCUUCCAUCGGGGCAAUUUCCGGGAGCUCUACAAGAUCUUAGAGAGUUAUCAGUUCUCACCGCACAAUCACCCUAAACUUCAGCAACUCUGGCUCAAGGCUCACUACACUGAAGCAGAAAAGUUGCGUGGAAGGCCACUGGGGGCCGUGGGAAAAUACAGGGUGCGGCGCAAAUUCCCUUUGCCUCGGACAAUCUGGGACGGGGAGGAAACCAGUUACUGCUUCAAGGAAAAAUCCCGGAGCGUGUUACGGGAGUGGUACCUCCACAACCCCUAUCCAUCCCCGCGUGAGAAGAGAGAACUGGCAGAAGCAACUGGGCUGACCACGACUCAGGUCAGCAACUGGUUCAAGAACCGGCGCCAGAGGGACCGUGCAGCUGAGACCAAAGAGAGGGAGAACAGCGAGGGUGGUGUUCUGAAGGAAGGACGGGGCCUGCCACGAGACAGACAUGUGAUCCCCAGCUCCGAGGACGAAAGCUCCCCCAUCGACAGUCCCUCCCUGCUCUACCCUGCCUUGCAGCUUUCAGUUCCUGAGGGAAACUCCAUUCACAAUGCCCAAAGGGUAGAUUACCUGCAGCACCAGCCACUCCACAAUGGUCUCCUGGGAUCCCUCACUUCCACUCUUGUAAAUCUGGGGUCCUGA